AUGAGGGAAGAGCUCCGGCGCCAGACUUCAGGCGAGGAGCCGUGCACGAUGCGCUUCAACGAGACGCCCUUCGACGAGGUGUUCGAGGUGGCCAACGAGUUGGGCAGCGGUCAAUUCGCCAUCGUGCGCCGCGUCAAGAAGCGCGACACCGGCGAGGAGUUUGCCGCCAAGUUCAUCCGUAAACGCCGGUACGCGACGUCGAGGAGAGGCGUCACCAGGGCCAACAUUGAGAGAGAGGUUUCCGUGCUCAAAGCCGUCAGCGGCCACUCGAACGUCGUCGAGCUGAUCGACGUCUACGAGACGGCCGGGGACGUCAUAUUGGUCUUAGAACUAGUGUCCGGUGGGGAACUCUUCGACCACGUCUGCGAGAAGGAAUACCUCGACGAGGUGGAGACGGCGGCAUUUAUCCGGCAAAUCCUGCUCGGCAUCCAUCACCUGCAUCAGCAGAACAUUGUUCAUCUUGACAUCAAGCCGGAAAAUGUGAUGCUCAAGAAGAAGGGUGAAGCGCAGAUCAAGAUCAUCGACUUCGGGCUGUCCAGGAGAAUCCUUCCCGGGCAACCCGUAAAGGAUAUGGUCGGGACGCCAGAGUUCGUUGCCCCCGAAGUCGUCAACUACGAGCCGCUGACCCCAGCGACGGAUAUGUGGGCCCUCGGAGUCCUGACUUAUAUUUUACUCUCUGGAGGAAGCCCAUUCCUGGGUGAUACGCGCGAUGAGACCUUUUGCAACAUCACCGGCGUCAACUACCAUUUUACAGAACGCUACUUCAAAAAUACCUCCCCCUUCGCCAAGGACUUCAUUUCGCGCCUUUUCGUACGGGACGCGCGGAAGCGAGCUACGGUGGAUGAGUGCUUGAGGCAUCCCUGGAUUCGAGGGCCCGAAGACGACUCGGUCGAUCUCAGAAAAAAUGCCGCCGUGACGAUAUCCCAGAUUCAAGCCUUCAAGACGAGGUUGAAGUGGAGGAAAGCCAUCGAAAUCGUGACGACGUGCUUGCGGACGACGCGCAGCGUGCGGCUGGCCAUUAGGCAGGCCGGGGAGCUGGGCAGGCAGAUUGAGAGCAGAUAUGAUCAGGAGGACAUGGUCACCAGCGCCGUGCUGAUCGCCUGCGAGGAGGGCAAUCUGAAGGGGCUGAACCAGCUGGCGAACCUGUUGAGGAUGACGCCGAAUGCGCAGAACAAGCUUGGCGAAACGGCGCUUCACGUUGCUGCCGGCGCCGGCCACCUCGACCUCGUCCACUAUUUGCAUAUGAAGGGCGCCGAGCUGUCGCCUAGAGAUAAUCGCGGCGACGCGCCGAUCUCGUGGGCUGCUCGGCACGGCCAUGCCGAUAUCGUCAACUUGUUAGCAUCUGAAGGCGCCGACGUCAACUCGGCAAAUUUGGCAGGAGAAACCCCACUCCACGUCGCCUCUCGAUAUGUCCAGAUGGACGUCGUCCAGGCCCUACUAUCCCGAGGAGCUGAUCAAUACCUGCAAGAUCAGCAAGGCGAAACGCCGCUCCAUAUCGCUUCCUGGCACGGCUACGCGCUCCUACUGACGAUUCUCUGCGCCUACGGGCCGCCGUUGAACGUCCGGAACAAGGACGACGAGACGGCGCUGCACUGCGCGGCAGCGCGAGGUCAUCUGGAGUGCGUGACAAGCUUGCUGGAUGCUGGGGCCCCUGUAGAUAUUGUGGAUCAGACCAACCAAACCCCACUCCACCUCGCCCUCCGUCGAUCCCACGUCGACAUCGCCCUGCUGCUCAUCACCCGCGGCUGCAACAUCAACGAGCGGGACGAGGCCGGCGACACCCCUCUCCACCUUGCGGCGCGAGCCGGACUUUUAUCGGUUGUCCAAACGCUCUGUCACUGUGGCGUCGACGUCGACGUUGCGAAUCAUUCCUCGCUGACCCCGUUGCACAUCGCCGCCAAGGAGGGCCACAUCGAGGUGGUCAGGGUGCUGUGCUUGGCGCGGGCUUCGAUCGGAAAGAAGACCAAGGACGGCCUCUCCGCCGAGAUCAUCGCCUUGGCCCAGGAGCACACGCACGUCGGGUCGCUGCUGGCGAAGAUGAAGAAUGAUAACGUUAGGGAGCUGUACGUCGAGCAACUCUGUUCACUGGACGUCCCGCUGAGGCGGAUAAAGCUGAAGCUGUUCGGGCACUCGACAAGCGGAAAAACGCGGCUGGUCCAAGCCCUGGCCUCCACGAGGGGCAUCGGAUCGUUUAUCGACGCCGUUUCGAGGCGCUUCUCGGACAAUGCAUCGAAUAAAGACGAGGGUCUCCACUCUGGCCAGGGCAGCUCGUUCUCCUCCGAGGCCAACAACAACGCGAGUGAACAGUGGACGAAUGCCGCCCACAAGCCCCUGCACAACAACUACACCCGCGGCAUCGAUGUGCAGACCAUUAAUGCGCAUAGCUGUGGCGAGUUCUCGAUCUGGGAAUUUGGCGGCUACGAGCCCUACCACAUGGCCUACGACCACUUUGUCGGCAACACCGAUUGUGUCCACGUCAUCAUGUAUAAUGCAACUGACCCGACGGAAGUGCAAUAUAAGCAGGUGCUCUAUUGGAUGAACUUCCUGAAGGGACGCGUCACCCCCAGCGAGCCGAUCGGCCAUUGUGGAAUUAUCUCGAGGAGAUCCAAAGUCGUGAUCGUCGGCAGCCACGCGACGAACCAACAAUUCCCGAGCAAGAACCAAGAAGGCGAAUAUCAGUCCUCGGAUACGGAGGCCAUGCUCAACACCGUGCGGCUACGCUUCGAGACCCACUUCGACAUCCACGACAGGCUCAUCCUCCUCGACUCGACAAACCCCUCCUGCUCGGGCAUGAAGAGCCUCCGGAAGUACCUCUCCGACUCGAGAACGUCGAUUUUGUCGCGGCUCCAGAAGCCCCUCGGCCUGCUCGACGCGACGGUACAAGCGCUUCAGAACCUCCGGAAGCAGCACUCCCACUUCCCGGUGGUCACCUGGCCUCAUUUCUCGUCCAUUGUCCGCAACGAGAUCAACCCGCUGAGCGGCGACUCGCACUGUCGGCAGCUCAUCCAGCAGCUGCAGCUGAUUGGAGAGGUCGUCUACCUGCGUGACGAGACCGCCGAGCUCGACUACGUGGUCCUGAACCCAGAGUGGCUGGGCACGCACGUCAUCGGACAGCUCCUGUCCGCGGAGUUCCUAUCGAGAUGCCGAAUCACCGGCUGCUACUCGUUGGCCCACUUGGCGCCCAUCUUCCCCGAGAUCACCGAGCCGGCCGACCUGCUGCACAUCCUCGACACGUUGCAGCUGUGCGCGCCGCUGGAUUCCGAAGACGACAACACCUUCGAGUUUCCGGCUUUCAUCCUGCUGGAACCUCCAAAGGACGUCUGGGCGAAGGACAAACCUACCUACGUCUACGGCGGCGUACGUGUGCUUCCGAUGCGCGGCAUGGAGCGCUCACUGCAAAGUACAUUCCCGCGGAUACAGGUGGCCCUCCGGCGCUCGAUGCACGACUUCCAAGACCCGAUGGACGCCGACCUGGUUCAGUGGGCUGGGUGUAGCAAGAUGAGCAGCGGCCAGAUGGAGGCGCUUGUUAGGCUCUACGGUGACGCCGUCGAGGUGUGCGUGCGUGGCCCGUCCGAACGUGCGACGUCGUGCUUCUACUUCCUGGAGGACGUCGUGAAUCUGGUGGAGCAGACGGCAUCGGAGGUUGCGCCCGGCAUCGGCUUGGAGCGGCACUUCCUGUCCCCUGCUCAUCUACAGCAACACGUCGCCCAGCCGGCCUCAUUCCCGCCGGAAGCGAUGAUGACAAUGCAGCAGCAUGAGUCGUUGAAGGUCCGAGGCACGCACGACCAAGAAGAGCUCUUCACUGACGUCGUCUGCUUCGGAAGCCGCGAGGUGGCCCGAUUGUUAACGUUAGGAAUCGACGUGGGCGUUGCCGAUCUGCAGCUGACGUCCAGAUGCGAAUUGGCCUGCCUGCUCGACCCGCCGGAUGCGAUGGGGCGGGAUUGGAGCAUCUUGGCCGUCAAGCUGAACCUCACCGACCAGGUACCGGAAGUGGACUCAACCGGCCAGUCCCUCUCCCGAACCGAUCAACUCCUGGCCGAGUGGGCCAUCCAGCACCCCGAGCAGGCGUCCGUCGGAAAAUUGUGCUCAAUCCUGGCGGAGCUUGGGCGACAGGAUGCGCGGGAUGCCCUCUACCGAACCGUGCCCCUGUACCUGUUCGCCCCGCUGGACGAGCCGCCGCUGGGGAACGACUGCGCGGAUUCGGGCCUCGGCGUCGUCUCGUCGAGCCACAGCUCAAGCGAGCACCGCUCCGCCAGCACCGUGUCUCGA